AAACACAUUAAUCAACACAAAAUCUGCUGGAAAACUGAUGAUUUGGUUUUUGAUUCCAAUUUUGUAUGGUUUUAUUUGGUCAAUUUUUAUUGUCUUGACGCUUUUUCCGCAGGAAGAAACGGAAAAAGUGCUGAUAAACUCAUAUUUAUUGGAUCGCGGCUUAAACCUAUCUGAUAUCACUUACAUGGGACCUAAUUAUUGGCUAACAAGCGGAAAUGAAACUGAGAAACUAAAUUCAAAACAUAUCGUCGGAAUGUUCUUGAUUCUAAUUUUAGUGACAACUUCUAUGCUUACGAUAUUUAUUUUCGCCAUUCUGAGCUACCAAAAUAUGGAGUCCCUAGUUCAUGUAUUUCAUAAUUCAAAACAGUACCAUACUAUUCAAAUGCAACUCUUAAAUUCGCUAGUAUUACAAGCAUUGAUACCAGGAAUUUUAAUGCAAAUGCCAUCUUGCCUGGUUCUCGUAGUUCCUGGGCGGCAAUUUCCGUUUGGCAAAUUUUUUUGUCGACAAAUUCAGCAAAUCGGCAAGUUUCCGGUUUGCCGAAUAUUAAUUUGCCGGUAG